GCUGGAGAGCCGGACGUGAGCCCAUCCGCAGAAGCGACUCCCAUGUUGCCGUCCUCAGUGGGAUUCUACAGCCACCAUGUCAACAUCCUUGGGCUCAUGACGCAGCAGUUGGACAUUAUUCUUUUGGGUCCUGCCACCUCAGCCAGAUGAACACACACACGCUACACUUUACAGCCAAGGCUCAGCUUCUCUGCUUGUUGCUCCUCCUAUGUGUGUACCGAGCCUUUGCUGGCGUCCCCGGUCCAUGCCGACAUUCGGUAACGCAGGAUCACCUUCUGAGUCUCAAUCGCCUGAUUGACAAUCAGCUGGACCACGGCUGUUUUAUCAUCUAUCCGUUCACAGAGCGUCUGAAUCUGAGCAAGACUUGUUACAUCAAAGCAGCACUUCCACUGACGCUCGAGCUGCUGAAUUCACAUUUCCAUUACGUUCGCAAUUCCGACAACAGACGCUAUGUCAACACCCUGGAGAAGGUGAUUUUCCAUCUCUACUCUCAGCGCUGCAUACCUUCAAUCGACGAAGAGGUUGAGGACAGUCCAGUCCGAUUCACAAGGAUGAUGGAGACGUCCCCAAAAGAGGCUCUGAGAAAGGUGCGCAGCAUCCUCCAAAUGUACCUGAAACUGAUGACAGUAAAUAACGGUUACGUGAAGUGGAACUGUCGAGAAGAGUACGCUGCUGAGGAGGAGGCGGAAACUACUCCCGCCACAGGGACCGCCGUCACAGAGAGGAUCCGUGUCUCCGAGAAAAAAGGUGAUCUGUGCUCAGGCAACGCCCACUGCUAGCCUUGGUUUUCACCCGUGUAUCAUGAGAUGUCCCCGUGUGGCGCUGACCACUGGACAGCAGCAGGUGUCCAUGGAGUGGAGCGGCACGCCAGGCGCCUGGGAACUGCUUUCUCUGAGCCUGUCAGAAUGUAUUGCCUGUCUCCAGCACAGAUUCUAACGUAAAAGA